UUAUCCACUAAAAAAAUAAAAGAAAAUGGCAGCGAGAAGUAAUUCAAAACACUAUUUGUUUACUUUUAAUAUUGUACUAGAUUGAAUUAUUCAAAAUGUUUGGUUCAAUGAAUUUUAUUGGAAGCAUUUUACCUUUAUCAAAUAUUGUUAUGUGUCCUGCAAAUUGCAGUGGCAACGGUGAAUGUGUCGGUGGAAUAUGUUCGUGUGAGGUUCGAUUUUCCGGUUGGUCUUGUAAUGAUCGAAACUAUAGUUAUUUUUUGUCUUUUGGUAUCUUUUUCUACAUUGUUUGUUUGAUGGCUAUUAUACAGUUGGUUAUGUGUAUCUACUCAGACUUUGUGCAGCUUAAAAGGCGAAAUUUUCUUUACGCAUUUCGAUUCACUAUCCAAAAACUUAUCUAUGUAGCUACUAUUUUUGCAUCUGGAUCACGUGCAAUAUAUUUCACACUUGAUUUGCAUAAUCUUAUUCCUUCUUCAUAUAAAGAAAACUUGUUUUUAACUUACUAUGCAUUUGUUAUGACAGGAUUAUCUCUGAUUAUUUGUUUUUGGGCAGAGUCAUUUCAUCUCUCUGGUUUGUCUUCUGAUAAACCACAGUUUUUGACUAAAUCUGUCAGUGGAUUUGUAAUUUUCAAUGUUAUUAUUUAUACAAUGCUGGUGGGACAGUUAGUUUCAAACAACAUUCUUGCUCAGCCAAUAAAAUCUCAAAUAAAUGUUGUUAUAAAUGGUGUCUAUGCUUUUCUCAUGUUCUUUGUUCUUGUGUUCUUCCUUAUUUAUGGUGUUGAAAUAUUUUGCAAGGUUCAGGGAGCAUUUAAAUCAGAAAGAAAUUAUAAAGAAAGUAUAAAUUUACACCAACUUUUUCAGUCAAGACUAGGACUCAUUGCUCAGGCAUCUUUGCAAUUAGCGGUUACAAUGUUUUUAACAAGCGAAGUUCUCGGCGAACUUUGGAAACGAAAAGCUAGAAUUACUGAUCGCAACAUUGUCAACAUUGCGUUUCAUAUUGCAGAGUUAGGUUGUGCUUUAUGGUUUCCAUGCUGUUUGUGGAAUGUUUUCAGACCUGACGAGUUAUGGAUAUUAAACCCUCGUAAACUACUACUGCUCCGUAAAAACUUUGAAAGCCAACCAAUUGCAUCCUUUCGAAAAUCUUAUGAGAGUUUAGUAGAAAUAUCUCAAGUAGAAGAUGAAAGUAAAGAGAAAAAGAAUGUUUGUUGGAUAUGUUAUGAUGAGGAUAACAAAGUUGACAUCAUUGAGCCAUGUAAUUGCAAAGGUGGAAUGAAGUCAGUUCAUCAUGACUGUCUAAAAAAAUGGCUUCAAGAACGUCCAGAAAAUUCAGAUUCAUCAACUUUAUGUUGUAGCGUUUGCAAAGUACAGUAUGACGUUGCAAGUGAUCACUCAUUAUUCUGGAAUCCUGACAAACUUCAAUUUAGAGCUUGGGCACAAACAUUUUUUGUUGUACUUAUAAUGGCUUCAAUGCCAGUACUUUUGUUUGCUCUUUGGCAGAAAAUCAGAAUUGCUCCAUUAAAAGUUGGGCUUGUGAUGGUGAUGGUUAUUGUUGAGUAUUUUAUGCUACGAAUGCUCGGUUUUAACUACAUAAAAGCGUACAAGUAUACCAAGACACGAUCUUUGAAAAUUCUAAGUAGAGGGGCGAAAUCUGAUACUGCUACAUUAAAUAUCGCAACUUAGAUCUUAAACUUUUUAAAAGAUUUUUAAUUUAAUUAUAUUUAGAUUUUUAUUUAAUUAUAAUUGAAUAUUAUUAUUAAAUUAACUAUUAAAAUGUAUAAAUUAGUGUUUGUUUUCAUUAUACUUUAUUUAUGCAAAUGUAAAUAUUUUUGUUAAAUUUUUAUCUUAAACUUUAAUGUAACGUACAACUUAUAGAUUUUGUUAUUGGUGAUAAUUUUUUGUUUGUAUUAAA